ACAUAUCGUUUUCACCAACGAGUUCUCUACCAAAACCGCAGAUCUAUUCAGAGGCGAGUUAGCCCUAAAACCAUGAGACCCAUCUUGCUACAAGGCCACGAGCGUUCUUUAACGCAGAUCCGAUUCAACAACGAGGGAGAUCUCCUUUUUUCAUGCUCAAAAGACCACAUUAUCAACGUUUGGUUCUCGCAUAAUGGCGAGCGACUAGGGACAUACGAUGGGCAUAACGGGACGAUAUGGACGAUCGACGUUGACUCACAAUCAAAAUAUCUGGUGUCGGGUUCGGCAGAUAACACUCUCCGACUGUGGAACGUUUCCAACGGCAAAUGUUUGUACGUGUGGGAAUUCCCGACAGCUGUAAAACGGGUAGCUUUUAGCGAUGACGACGAGAAAGUGGUGUGCAUCACAGAGCAGCGUAUGGGUCACCAAGGUGCUGUCCGUGUUUUCAAAAUCAACCGUGACGGCGAUGGGACGAAUCAGUCCCUUGAACCGGAACGCAUGUUCCAUCCCGUCGGCUCUAAGGCGACUGUAUGUGCAUUCACGUAUAAACCCAACCUGAUCGUCACUGGACACGAAUCCGGAAAAGUCGCUCUCUUCGACGUCGUUUCCGGGACAGAAGUUUUGAACAACGAGCGGGCGCAUAUGGAUUCAGUGACGGAUCUACAACUCUCUCUGGAUCGGACGUACUUUAUUACAAGUAGUAAGGACAAGACAGCUAGGUUGCAUGAUACGAAAACGCUACGGGUGUUGAAGACGUUCUCGACGGAGACACCUCUCAAUAGUGCAGCGUUGGCACCGAACAAACCAUACAUUCUCAUUGGAGGAGGUCAAGAAGCCAUGCAAGUUACGACGACAUCCCUGAGACAAGGUAAAUUCGAAACCCGGUUCUGGCAUAAGAUCUUUGAGGAGGAGAUCGGACGUGUAAAAGGCCAUUUCGGACCCAUCAAUACUAUCGCCGUACACCCCGCUGGAACAAGCUAUGCCUCAGGAGGAGAGGACGGGUUCGUGAGAGUACAUCACUUUGACGAAUCGUACUUCAAGGCGAAGCCUUACGGUGACCUUGAGAUUGAGGAUUGAUGUGUUUUUAGGCGAUGAAUUGUAUUCCCUUGUGUAGUUGAUAGCGGUUCCAUUUUUCCAUCAUCCUUGUCGUCGAGGUAAGGUUGUGAAAAAGGGAAGCACCUGAAAUCUCAGUAAAGUUAAAGGAGACACCGGAUUCUGAACCUCAUAAUUGAUCUACUGGACAUGGACAAC